AAAUACCAGACCGAGCGGACAUUUUUUAUUUGCGGAGCGCGCAACAAGAACGAGAAAGAAACCGAAACGGAAAGCAGGCAAAAAGAGCUGCUGCCAGUGUAGAAUAAUCGCAAAGCAAAGAAAGAAGCAAGUGCGUGUGUUUUUAAACCGAAACCGAGAAUCGAGCCAGUUUACACUAGCGAAUAAAGGAGGAUCAGCAUACAAAAAAAAAAUGGGUAAAGCUCAGAGCAAGCGUUCAAUCGACAUCACCACCGAUCCCAAGAAGGUCGGCGAGGGCGAUGAGGUGGCCGGCAAGGUGGAGAAAAUCGAUGUGGACCAGAAGACGGACGCACCGGCGGUGAACGGGGAUGCAGCCACGCCCAAAGAGGGAGGCGAUGAAGCGGCGACGGCUGAGAAAAAGGAAACUGAGGAGCAGUCUGAAAACGACAAGGAUCUGACCACCGAAAAGAGUGCCGCAGCCGCUGAGGGUGGCGAUGCGGCCGUUGAAUCGCCAAAGGGCGAGGAGGGCUCCCCCAAGGAGGGCGCCGCUGGCGAGGAUAUCACCCCGCUGGCCGACGAAAGCAUCAAGUCCAAGUCCAAGAAGGACAAGGUCAAGAAGAAGUGGUCCUUCCGCAGCAUCUCCUUUGGCAAGAAGGACAAACAGAAGCCGGCCAAGUCGGAGGAGGCAGUCUCGCCCACCUCUGGCACAACGUCGCCCACGACGGCCGAGGCCGAAGCUGCUCCUGCUGCGGAUGCUGCUCCAGCGGAGCCAGCGGCCACCACAAAUGGCGAGGCCGAAAAGUCAGCUGAUAAUGCCACUGUCGAGACCACCAGCGAGUCGGCGUCCAAGGAGGAGGCAAAGCCCGCCGAGAACGGAUCGGCGACCGAACAGGAGAAACAGGCCAACGGAGAAGCCGAGAAGGCGGCGCCAGCAGCAGCACCAGCCACAGUUGAGGAAGCGGCACAGCCCAAGGCCGCCGAGGAACCAGCCACAGUUACUGCCACCGAGUCGAACACCACUGCCACUGUCACUGCCACCGAAGAAGUUCCCGUCGUGAAAGAGAGCCAGCCAGAGCCCGAAGUGGUCACCAAUGGACAUGGAGCCGGAGAGGCGCUGACCAAUGGAUCAAGCAAUGGACUGGCCGAGUCCCCAGUGGCCGAGACAGCAGCACCAGUCGCUGACAACAUUCCAAGCAACGUUGAUGACGAGCAGCCGCACCAGAAUGGCACCAAUGGCACCACCACGCCCCCGCCCACUCCAGUGGCCGUCGAAACCGAGAAGGGACAGCAAAUUGAGGUAAACAAGCACACAAGAACAGACAGCACCAACACACAAGAACACAACAGUAAAAACUUCACUGUAAAUACAAGUACAACAACAACAACAACAAAAACCACAACCGAAAUCACAGAGAACACUGCACUAGAAAAUACUAAAAGUACAGAAACAGAAACAAGCACUGUGACCAAGACCGUUGUAGCAGCCGCAGAGUUAGUUCAGACCCAAACAAUCCUAACCAAAACAACCAACACGAUCCUUCCCACCUCCCACACGCAGGCCAGCAGCAGCGAAGUGAUUGAAGAAGCAGCAGUGUCCACCAGCCAAGCGGAGGAGGAAGUUGUGGCGGCGAUCAUCAAGGCGGUUAGCAGCGAACUUGAGGCCGAAACGGAGACUGAGACGGAGGCCGAGGGAUUCGUGGUUGUAGCUCCGGUGUCCACCACCGAAAUAGAAGUCCCCGUUGCUGAAGUUCCCGAAAUUGAAAAGGAAUCAAUCACUGAAGUUGAAUCUAAGCCCGUUACUGAAGUUCCCGAAGUUGAAACCGAACAGGUUUCGGAAAUUCCUGAAGUAGAAACUGAAUCUGUUAUUGUGGAGACAAGGAGCAGCAGUCCGCCGCCCCCGUUGCCCAAAUCCCCGCCUCCAUCUCGUGUCUCCGCUUUUGUCCUCUCUGAUGAAGUUAUCGAGGAGCAGGUUACCCCAAACAACACCCCCGAAGUUAACGAAGUUAAGCGCGAUGAAAUCGAACAGCAGGCCAUUAGCAUUGUCGCUGAGAUCACCGAACAGGCGGCAGAAAUUGUCACCGAAAAGGAAAAAGUAGAGGAGGAAGUCAAAGAGGAGGAGUCUGUUCCUGAAGUAGUUAAGGAGGAGACGGCACCCACUGUUGAAGUUGAGGAAGUCGCGCCAGUUCAAAGCGAAGAAGCUCCCUCUCCUACGGCCGAACUAACCUCUUCAAAACCAGAUGUUGUCCAGGAAACUAUUGAGGACCAAGCCGCAUCCGACGAAGAAGAAUCUGUCCCCGUUUCAGCUCCAAUUGUUCCUGCGGACGUAGUUUCUGUGGUUUUAGAUGAGGAAAAUGUUGCACUCACAGAAUCGGUAGAUUCCGAAGUACAGAAAGAAACCAUUAGCAUCAGCUCUACUGAAGAAGAGGAGGCGGCAAACGGAAAUCCGGUUGAAACCAUCCUAGAACAGCCAGCACCUGUUGAGGAAAUCCCCCAAAAUGAAACAACCGAGCCACAAGUCAUAUCCGAGGAUGAGGAUGCGCAUAGCGAUAACGAUAAGGAGAACGAAAACGGCAACGACAACGAAAACGAUCUGGUUGGAAAAAUCAUUAGCGAUCUGGAUGAGCCGGUCACCAAAGCUGGUGGCGAUCUCCUCCUGGCUGAGUUGGAUGUGAGACCCACGGAACUGGAGGGCGAGAGCAGCAACAAGGUGGAUCUCGCCAAGGAUCUGAAGGAGAAGAAUGCCGCGGCAGACGUUACAACACAGGAACAACUGCCCGUUACAUGCGAAUAAUCCUACUCAUAAUUAUUAUAUAUAAUAUUACAUAUUAUUAAAAACAAAACAACAAACGAUACAAGCAACAACAAAAGAACGCAACGUAAAACAACAACAACAAACAAUUACAAGAUAAACGAGAUAAAAAACAAAACAAAAAACAAGUAAAAAUACAUUUUUAAACAUUUACAUAUUUUAAAUAAUUUUUGUACGAACUUCAUAUCCCUAAUCCAAGAUAUACGCAAGCAAAAGUCAGAGUUACACGCGACACCACCAUCCACCACGCCACCACUGCAACCACCACACCCCACUAAACAAACACACCCACGCGUGGGCAUCAAUAGUUUUGUAUUGGUGCCCCUCUGAAUUCCAGAUCGGGGGAAUCCCCCAAAACACAUCCAUCACCCAUCAAGCACACAUCAUCCACCACACAUGCGCAUACAUACCAUUCUCAUACUGAUGAUCUUGAUAGAAAAAAAAGAAUCAACAAAUCAUAUACGAUGAAAAGAUGAAAGUGAGGAGAAUUUUUUGAAUAAUUUCUACUAUACAUUUAACUGUAAGUUCGAAGAAAUUUGUAAAGAAUUUUUGGACGAAAUAUUGGAUAAAAUAUAUAUUAUAAAAUAUAAAACCCAAAAGCGUGCUUCACUCAUAUCCACCGGCUGAAAAAAAACGAACAAGAGAGAUACGAAGAAGAUGCGCAGAAAGGAAACACUGUUUUGAAUGUUUUAGUUCUGUUUUUGAGUCGAGUCCCAAUCCUCUUCUUUAAUACACUACAAAAAUAGUUUUUUCUAUACAAUAUACAAGAUGUAACCGAGUGUUACAAAAAUAAUCCUUUGUCCUGGUAGCUGGAGUAAGCGCUAAGAUUAUGUUCUAAGUACAUUCUUAAUAUUUCGUAAUGGUUAAUUUAACGUAACAAAAUGUUACUACAAACAAACUACAAAAGCUCCAACGAAAGCUUCAAAAGCGAAACAAACGAAACUAAGAAAUGAUAAAGAAAAGCAAAUACUAAUUGUGCGUCUUUUGCAACUAAAUAGAAAAUCCUACUAAGUACACUAAAUGUAUUCAAUAAAUUAAAGCGUUAACUUUGCGCUGCGCAACGUAAAGAAAUAUGGUCAAAAAGAAUUUGCCAUUCAACAAAA